AUGGAACUCCAAGUUGACAUCAUGCUAGACAUCUUAACACGUUCACCCACCGAAUCAGUUUUAGAAUCCAAAUUGGUAUCGAAAACUUGGAGAGAUGUUGUUCGCCAUCCAUCAUUCUCCCAAAAGCAUUUAAAUCGCCUCUUAUCUGCUGAUGAUGAUGAUUCAGGUAACUUGGGUUUUAUCUUGUCUAGCUAUUUUGAUUCGGAAAAAGCCUACUAUGUUGAAUACAGUGAGAAUAAUGACACACCCAUUACUAGAACUAGAAGUAUCAAUUUACCCCCUGAAUUCAAUUGUUAUACCUUUGUGGGUUCCUGUAACGGGUUAAUCUGUCUUCAUAAUAUUGGGGUAUUUAUUAUUUGGAACCCCAUUACUAAAGAGUACGCUGUUCUUUCAGGGUUUACAUUAAAGUGUGUGUACUAUGGUUUUGGUUACCUUGCUUCAACUAAUGAGUAUAAAGUUGUUAGAAUAAAUGAUCCAGAAUCCAAUUCACCCGAUACUUUGGAAAUGGAGGUAUACACUCUAGGCAGUGGCAAUGGAUGGAGAAAUGUUGGAAAACUCAACUGUAGAACUAGCUCUGCCAGAAUAGGUGUCCUUGCAAAUGGAGCUCUUCAUUGGAUAGCCCGUGGGAAGAAAAGGAGGAUUAUGUCCUUCGAUUUGGUUGAUGAAAAGAUUCUUGAAAAUUCAUUACCCACACUUCCACAACAUAGGAAUCGGGAUGUAAGCCUUAAUCUUGUUGGGUCUUUGGGUGAUAUUUUGAUGUGUGUCAAUUAUAUGAGAGAGAAAAGUGAUAGGUCUCUUGACAUAUGGUUAUUUAAGGAAAAUGGUACUUAUGACAUGAAUUGGGAGGUAGAUUUCAAGUCAAUAAGCUGCAGUGAAUAG